UUGUAAACAAACACCUGUCAACUAUGGACAGAAAAAGUGAUGCAAAAAAACAUCUGAUUUCGUUAAACACGUUGUAACAUUUUGUUUCUGUAGUGUGAUCGAUUCGAAAGGGCGCUCUAUAUAUGUAUAAAUUUAACGUAUUGGUAGACUUAAAUGUAAUUAGAACGAUAGUGCCUAAGCGUUGGAAUUCUACCAAUAAGAAAUUACACAAAGUGCUAAGCAAAAUGCCACUGGAUCCAAAGCACAUUGCCGAAGCCCAGAAGCAGCGAUUAAAGUUGAAGCAAAAAGUAUCGAAAGUAUCGCCCGGCAUUGUAAACCUCCAGGUGCUAGGAUGUGGCGCACCGGGGACCCCGGCCUCGGUAUACCUGUUCACGGAUCAAACUCGCUACCUGUUUAACUGUGGUGAGGGUACGCAAAGGUUAGCGUACGAGCACAAAACGAAGCUGUCCUGUUUGGAGAACAUCUUCAUGACCCGUACUAACUGGGAGCGAAUCGGCGGACUGCCCGGGAUCUGUUUGACAAUGCAAGAUGUCGGUGUGCCGGCUGUAUCGCUGCAUGGACCACCCGGUUUAGAUGAGCUGUUCAAAGCGAUGCGUCGGUUCGUUAUACUAAAGGAUAUGAAAGUGGAAGCGUCCGAGUAUGCUACCGGGGACGUAUAUGAAGACCACGUUAUGACUCUACAAUACAUUGUGAUCAAUCGGGAAAAGAGUGAAUCAACAGGGACCGGAUCUGAUGAAGAGCUAAGCCAAGAGGAAGCCUCUGUUGACGAUACGGAUUAUUAUGCGUACGAAAGAAAGAAGGAAAUGCCCCAGCAAACACAACAGGAAAGCGCUAAAACUGUUCGUACUACGGAUUGGACAAAGCGAGAGGAAAAUUCCGUAAUGGCAUACAUUUGCAAGCUUAAACCGCGACAUGGGCAACUAUCUUUAGAAAAAUGUGUUGAUCAGGGCGUUCCUCCAGGUCCAUUGCUUGGGCAGCUGAAGAAUGGCAACGAUGUUACGUUACCUAAUGGACGUGUUGUAAAAUCCGCCGAUGUUCGGGCACCGGACGAUCCUGGCCCUGUAUUUAUGUUCAUUGACAUUCCCAGUCGAGAGUAUUUGAAAGAUUUCAUGGCAAAAGCCGAAUUGUUUGCGAAAUAUCAGCAACAAGCCACGGAGGAAGCGGAUCGGGCUAUUUUCGUUAUACAUUUUACUCCUUUGCAUGUGAUGCACCGUGAAGAAUACCGGCAGUUUAUGGAACGGUUCUCUGCCAGCACCAGACACAUUGCAUUGAACGAGGUGAACAGUUUUUCCGGCUACAUUGCAGCGCACAGGAUUCAAUACCAUUUGAAUCAGCUAGAUGAGCAGAUCUUCCCACUGUUACGAGAAGAAAACAAUGAGUAUAAAGAACCUCCAGCGACUGAUCGUGAUCUUGUGCGAUCGUCAUCUCUUAGUUACAUGCACAUUCGACCACCGAAAGGGAUCGACAGAGUACAAGAGGCAUCGAUAAAUCCAGCCGAGUAUCUAAGCGAACUAGAAUUGCUACCGGACUUUAAAGAAGCUCUUGGGGAAUUAAAGCAACAGUUGGUACAACAUAACGAGCGACGCUCCGUGUCCGUAAGGGCGGAACAGUUUCCACGCUUGAUUUUCCUCGGCACCGGUUCAUCCAUACCAAACAAAACUCGUAACGUUAGUGCAAUUUUGAUUUUGACAAGUAAACAAUCCUCAAUUCUGUUGGACUGUGGUGAAGGAACUGUUGGUCAGAUAUGGCGAUUUUUUGGUAAAACCCGCGCAGAAGCUGUCUUGCGAUCGAUAAAGGCAGUCUACAUUUCGCAUCUGCAUGCAGAUCAUCAUCUGGGAUUGAUUGGUUUACUACAAGCGCGUAAGCAACUGUUCGGCGAUAGUUGUGAACGUUUAACAUUGCUGGCGCCGGAGCAAAUUUCCUUCUGGCUUCGGCUGUACGAUUGUCGCUUCGAACCCAUCCACAAAGACUAUAGGCUUGUGAAAAAUCCGGAUCUGCUAGAAAAUCCUUUCAACGAUGAAAAAUUGCUUGAGAUGGGCAUCAAGGAGAUCAGUACCUGUCGUGUACGACACUGUCCGCACUCGUUCGGAGUUGCCUUAAAAGUGGCAACCGUUGGAACUCAUCCCGAGACCAAUAUCGAGGGAGAUGUAAAAAUUACAUACAGCGGUGACACUAUGCCUUGUGAGAGUCUUAUCGCGCUGGGUCAAGGUUCGACCAUUCUCAUACACGAAGCAACCAUGGAGGAUGAAUUGGCAGCAGAGGCACGGAUCAAAAUGCACAGCACCCUGUCGCAGGCGAUCGAUCAGGGAAGGAAGAUGAAUGCUCGUUACACGCUGCUCACACACUUUAGCCAGCGGUACGCUAAAAUUCCUCGUCUCCUGCCGGAACAGCAGCAGUCGGGGCUCGGUACCGAUUUGGGAAUAGCGUUUGACAACAUGGAGGUAACGCUGGACGAUUUGCCCACACUGUGUAAGUUUUAUCCUGCGCUGAAAGCGAUGUUUAUUAGCCAUUUUGAAGAAAUGGAACAGAAAGCGAUAAAACGAGGGAACAAAAAGAUGCGCCUAGAGUCGGUAAAAAAUGGCACCGGAAGUAAAACGUGUUCACCAACGCGAUGAUUACGAUGAGCUGGUUUACUGGUUACGCUCGAUCCUAAAAAGUUUGUUACAAGCGAAUAAAACAAGUCAUCAAAACUGUUAUUUAAUUCAACCCGCUUGCAAAAGGUAUAAGAUUUUCAGAAUAUUCGAUUUAUUUCUCACUUCACUUAGUUCAAUGUAUAGGUUGUGUUUUGUUCUGUUCUGUUCGUAUUGACUAAAUGUUUUUUUCUUUUGUUUGCUUGUUCGAUAGCUUUGUUAUUUUAACACAUCACCAUAUCCGAUUGCGCUGUUUGACGCAUUAUCGCAUUAUCUUUUGCUUUUGUUACUCAAGCUGUUUCAUGUUCUGCUUUCUAUUCGCUUAUCCAUCUUUUGCAUCUUAUAGUUUAAAGUUUCCUUAAAUAAAGCAUAGCAAUGGAGAAAGUUGAUGUUUUAUUAGUUGUGGUUUGUUUUUUUUUUGUUCUGUACCUUAAAGACUUAUCCUAUUUACCACUUUUACUAGAAGUGCCACAUAGUUACGGUAAUUUUUUAAUCACUUAUCUAACUUCGGUCGAUUUGUAAUGGUGCGCUUUAUUGUGUCGCUUUCUGUCCGGGUGUUUGUGGAAGAGAUUCAAUUACAUCGCAGCUGGUGGCAGGUGUAAACACGUGCUUUUAUUAGUUCGAAAUCAGAUUGUAUUCCAUUCAUAUAUCAUCAGUGGUAGUUCGAGUCCCCUUACAGCUUCUGUCAGGUUUAUACGAGGUGCCGAUAUAUAGGUAUAUUUGUUCUUUUAUUUUUACAGCAAAAGGAUAGCCAAAAACCGAAUGUACCGAGCUGUGGGUGUGCAUGAGUUGGGUUAAUUAUGCGUUAUUUGUUAUUCAUUCUUUGCAAACCGUGAUUAGUUCGUUUGAAAUAAUGUUAUCAAUCGCUU